UCACUUCCGGGCGGAAGGGCGUCUGACCGCUCUUGCACUCGGGAGCAUCAUAGACGCAGCAUAAAGGGGCCGCGUCCAGAAAAAAAAGGUUCCUGGCUGCUCCUUGGAGAGGAUCCCUUUCUGUUGCUUGGCUGUGUCGCCCCAGUGGAGGCGAAGAGGAUGGAGACAAAGAAGGUCUUGAUGAAAUCGAAUGUUGCUGCUUCCAAUCUCCUGAGAUCAUUGCAUUCCCUUUAUCAGUUUGGCCACUUCUGUGAUGUGAGAAUACACACAGACCAGCCAGGAAUGCAGGAGGAAUUUUUUGUUCACAAGGCUGUCUUAGCAGCUUCCAGCAAUUACUUUAAAUGCCUCUUUCUCAGCGAUGAGAUGCUGAAUGCCAAGGAUUGCGAGGUAACCCUCCAGGAUGUUCAUGCUGAAGCAUUUGCCUCCUUCCUAAGGUUUGUCUACACGACGGAAGUAGAAAUUGAAGCAGACGGAUUGCAACAGAUAAAAGAGGUUGCCGAAAGAUUUGAAUGCCAGGAUCUGCUUACUGUGUUGGAAGAAAUGAAGAACGCAGAUGGUGACUCAGAUUUGAGUGUCCCUUUGAGAAGAUGUAAAACUGGUUGGAGUCAAACCGAACAGACUGAGCCGCCCCACAUUUUGUCAGCACCUAUGAAGAAGAACCUUUGGGAUAGGAAGAAGCAUGCAAAACUAUCAACGAGCUGGGAUAAUAAUGAAGGCAAAGCUGAACAUUCUUCUGAAGAAGAGACGGCUCUUGUGAAAUCUGAAGAUGAGAUGGCAACCACAACUGGUCUCAACGAGGCAGACCUUCUCCAAGAUCCCAUCAUAAUUGACACCAGCAAAGAGGAAAACAAGAUCAACCACCCUUCAGCAAACCAGGUGGUCUUGAAAGAAGCCGUUAUUGUUCUAAACAGGAUAAUGCCUGGCCAAAAGGGGGUUCAUGAGGAAACCAAAUUCGGGAAGACAACACACAAUGUAUCAGAGGCCUUGUCUGAAAUAUAUGCAUGUGACCAGUGCAAUCGCUCCUUCCCUUUUGCCAAGCAGUAUCAAUCGCACAUGGAGCUGGAACAUGACAUACACGUGGUUGUGAAGCACAGUUGCAAUAUGUGUGAUCAGCUCUUUGCCAGUUCCCAGAACCUGCGGCAACACAAGCUCACUGUUCACAACAGUGAGCAAUGCUUCCCCUGCUUGCUGUGUGACAAAAGGUUUAAACGGCAGAAGGACGUGAACGACCACAUCCGGAGGGUGCAUGAAAAGAAAAGAAAUCCUCAGCGGUGUCCAUACUGCGACAAGAUUAUCAGCUCCAGAACUGGACUCACAGUUCACAUUCGAACACACACGGGAGAAAAACCAUACCAGUGUCAAUACUGCCCAGCGAGGUUUGCUCAGAGAUCUGCCUUUAAUACUCAUGUAAGAAAAAUACAUGAGUCCAGGCAAGACAGGAAACCCCUUUCAGGUUACUGGAUGAUAGCCCCACCAACAAAGAGAGACAAUGUGGUGAAAGAUGGUGAAACAGGCAUGAAUAGCAAAGCAGCGCAUGAGGUAGCAAGUACAGUCUUGCAAAGAUUAAUUGUGGGCAAAGACACUCAGGUACCUGAGGGAGAAUGUAGGAAUUCACCAGCUAUGAAAAUGGACUCUGGCAAUAAAGAAGGAAGCCCAGAGGACUCUGCUGAAAUGAGUAUUAAAAGUGAUGAAGAUGUGACUGUGGUUGUAGAAGGCAGUGUUGAAGGAGAAGGGGACUGUGAAGAAGAAUGGGAUGGCAGCCAUGAGAGUGAUGAAAUGUCUUCAGCUAACAUUGACGAUGAUUCAGAUUAUCUAGAUGCAGAAGAAAACAAAUCAGAUGUAGAUGACAUGGUGAGGAAGACAAACCAAGACAAACCAGUGAAAAAAUCUGCCUAUGUUAUAACUUGUACCAAGUGUGCCGAGACAUUCACAUCGCGGAAGAAAUAUGUCGACCACUGCAAAGAUGUCCAUAAUUCCUUGCCUGGAAAAGCCUACCAGUGCGAAAUUUGUAACAAGUCCUUUGCGAGUUACAACAGCUGUAAAGAGCACCGAGCCUGCGUCCACACAGAAGACAGGCAGUUUUCAUGCACCCUCUGUGACGCCACCUUUAAAAGGAAGAGGGAUGUGAGGACGCAUUACAUCCGGAAACACGAAGGGAGGGUGAAGCGUCCCCUCUGUUCGGUCUGCGGAAAGAUCCUUAGUUCCAGAACUGCACUGGUAUUCCACAUGCGGACCCACACAGGAGAGAAGCCGUAUCAGUGCACCAUUUGCUGCUCAAGAUUUGCUCAACCUUCACAGCUCACGAUUCACACCAGGUCCCAUACAGGGGAAAAGCCUUAUAUCUGUGAGGACUGCGGGGCAUGCUUUAUUGAUAAAGGCAAGCUUAAUAGUCACAAGAGAACGCAUACAGGAGAGCGUCUCUUCCGAUGUGAUGUGUGCGGAAAGCAUUUUUCUACCAAUGAAUAUUUGAAAUGCCACAAGCGCUGCCACAUGGGAGCCAAGCCAUAUAAAUGUGAUGUGUGUGGGAAAAGCUUUGGUCUGAGAGCUUCACUGGCCCAGCACAGUAAUGUCCAUGCAGAGACCCCUCCUUAUUUCUGUGAGCAGUGUGGAAAGACAUUUACUCAGCAAGGAGCCCUGAGGCGCCACCAGCGGAUUCACACUGGUGAAAAGCCAUACAAAUGUAGGGCUUGUGAACGAACAUUCACAGAUAUGUCUACCUUGAGAAGACACGUCUUGGUCCAUGAUCGGAAUGCUCACUGGAGGAGUUUCUUAAUAGACCUUACUGCCAAAAAAGACCAUAACUGGUCCAAAAUAGAGACCUUGUCUAAUUCAAAAGAGGAUUCCACUCCAGUUUGGUCUGAUUGACAUGGUAAACCUUAUAAACCCGAGAGCACUAGUGUGAAAAAAGUAGAGCACAUCUCAUGCAAUAGUAGUUUGAGAAGCCUUGACCAUUCCCUUACAUAUAUAUAAGUAUAAACCAUUAGGGUACAGUAAUCUCACAUGGCCAGCCAGAUUCGUUAUGGAAAUGUCUAGGAGUGAACAUAUCACACCCAGAUUAGAGUCACUCUACCAUUUAGUUUCUGGACAAUGUAAAAAGUGUUGGUUUUAACCUUUAAAGCCCUACGUGGUUUGGGUCCGGAUUACCUACAGGAUCGCAUUCUCCCAUAUAAUCCACCCCUUCGGUCCUCUGGGGGAUAUUUACUCCAUCCAGCCAAAACCCAACUGGCAACAUUCACCCAGAGGACCUUUUUAUUGACUGUCCCAAGACUGGAAUGACCUGCUGGAAGAAAAUUUGACAGCUAAAUGAGCUGUCAGAAUUUCAAACACAGUUAAAGACCUCUCUUUUUCAACAGGCCCACCCAGUCAAUUUCAAACUAUGAGUUUUACAUUAAUAUUGUAUUGGUAUGAAAGAUUAUGUCUUUUAAUCUUAUGUCUGUGUCCUUUAAUAUAUGUGUUUUAAUUAUUGAUGUUUUAUCUAUGUAUUUUAACUACAUUGUACUUGCCUUGAGGAGAGGUGGGUAAGAAAUAAAAUCUUAUAUUAUUGUUGUUAUUAUUAUUAUUAUUAUUAUUAUUAUUCAUAUAUUUUGUCCUUUUAUUAAUUUGCAUAGAGAUAAGCCCAUUUGCCGUGUCUAGAUUGUUGAAGGAUAUUGCUAGCCAAUGAAAAUACAUAUCACAUUAGAAGACAAGCAGAUGAAUGAAUCCCUGAUAUUUGAGGGGAUACAUUAUUGGACGGUGUAAACCAAGGCCUCUUCCACACAGCUGAAAAAAAUACCACAUUUUCUGCUUUUAACUGGGCUAUAUGGCAGUGUGGACUCAGAUAACCCAGUUCAAGGCAGAUAUUGUGGGAUUUUCUGCCUUGAUAUUCUGGGUUAUAUGACUGUGGGGAAGGGCCUCAAGUUGCCAAGUUCACUGCUUCCUGAAAGGGGAUGGGGGCCUGAAACAGUGACUCCAUUCCAGGUUUUAGGCCAGAUUUCAAUAGAACUAUCUAUAGUGCUGAACUCUAACCUCAAAACUGGUUUAGCACCUUGUGUGUUUCCUUUAACGUUCUAAAACCUGUAGCAGGUUAGCUGUCCCACUAAUAUCAGACAUGGGUGUUGCCCUCUGCUAAGUGGCACGCCUGACAAUGAAACCAUUACUGGAGAGACUUAUCACUUUGGUGGCUUGGAGCACUCUAUCAGCUUAGGCCCUACAGUGGUUACAACUUGGACAUAACUGUGGUUAUCUAUACUCAACUAUUUGUAUGAAUCACUGCAAUGCUUUAUAUGUAGGGCAGCCUUGGAAAAUAGCCCAGAGGCAAGAAAGAUUAGGGACUGGCUGAUACAUCAGUGAUUUUUACAUCAGUCAAUUUCUGGGCCAUGUUCAAACUUCUAUUGUUAACUUUAAAGCCCUAAAUUGCUUGGGCUGGAUUAGGCUACCUGAAGGAUCUCCUCCUUUCUAUAUUUUUCCAUCAAGGUUGCUUCAUCUAAUGCAGGGAGGUGGGAGGGAACUGAUAAUGCAGUGCUAUACACAAAGAUCUUCUCAACAUCUAAUGGCUUUUGGUUUUCCCAGGCAAUUUUAGAGCAUGUUUCAGAUCUCAGAACAAAUUGUUCCCCUUACUGGACUGUAUUGCUAUUAUUUUGUUAACAUUUUACUCUGAAUUGUUUUUUAUGUUGAUUUCUAUAUUAAAAUGUUGAUUUAGAUAAUAGAUUUUGUUUAAUUGGUUGGUUUUGUUAUUUUAUUAAUCUCUGUGUUUUGUGAAGGGUUUAGUUAAGUAAGCAGCAUGGAAAUGAGGAAGGGAACACCAAAGAUAUUUAAAUUUUUCCAAUAUCUUUUUCACCAUGCAUAAUUAUAGUACUCUGUUUCCACUUUAACUGCCAUGGCUCCAUCCUAUGGAAUUCUGGGAUUUGAGGUUUGUGGGAGAUCAUUCUGAAUCUCUCAUCAAACUAUAAAUCCCAAAAUUCCAUAGGAUGCAGUCAUGCCAGUUUAAAUGGUAUUGAAGUGCUAUAAUUGUACAAUAUGAAAGAGACUUUAGUCUCAUGUAAAUACUUCCUGCUCUUCCUCUGGAGGAACACUUUUAAUUUCAGGAUGCAGACACUCAAAUGAAACACAUUUCAAAACUUGGAUCCGCUCUUUAUGUAUUUGCUAAUGCUUAUAUAUACUGCAUGUAACAUCGCAAUAGACAAUAGCAGACCUUUGUUUAGUUUGUUUUUAAUAGAUUUUUUGUAAAGUUAAUUUAUUUUCAAAAUAAACUCUACUUAUUCAA